AUGGCGUCUCCCUUCUCCAACGCGGACAAAUUCCGUUUGGCAUUCCGGUUUCUCCAAGCUCCAUUCUACGUCUCGGCAUACGUCGCCCGUGCUACAGUUAUUGCUGGAUUUCGAGGACUCCCCCUUCGAGACUACGUUCUGUGUGGAGUUUACAAAGCGCUCCAGGAUGUUUUUGACGCACGCGAAACUCAAUAUUUGUGCCCCCCAACCAAAGAGGUGUUCAAAUCAUGGGUUGAGGUGGAAAUAUCCAAGCUGAGUCCAGGAGCGGAUUCAGAAAAGGCUGGUCGAUUGAGCUGCGACAUUGAACCACUGGAGGACGGGAACUCCUCGAUCCUCUGGCUCGGAGACCGCCACAAGGCUAAGAAAGUAGUGCUCUUCUUCCACGGAGGAGGCUUCACUACCCCAAUGCUCACUUCAUAUAUGGAGUGGCUGUGGCGAUCGUUUAUCGUGGCUGGUAUCGAGGCAGAGACUGAAGUUGCAGUGGCAAUCCUCGAGUACACGCUCUGCCCCGUUGCGCGGUAUCCCAUGCAACUGCGUCAGGCCGCCAGUGGCCUAUCUCAUUUGCUUGCAUCUGGAAUUCUCCCAGAGAAUAUCAUCAUCGGCGGAGAUUCUGCUGGCGGCAACUUGACAGGCCAGUUGAUGUGCCAUUUGGUGUGGCCGCAUCCCGAAGCCGUUCAGAUCAGCCUGGCCAAGCCAUUCGCUGGAGUAUUCCUCAUCUCGCCGUGGCUCACAAAAGAAACAAACGAUCGAGCAUUUGUUGAAAACGGCUCGAUUGAUAUGCUCUCUGCCGACUUUGUGAAGUCAAUCAUAGGUGUAGUGGUGGGUUAUGACGAUUGGGAGACGAGGUCAAUGGAAGAACGCUGUCAUUUAUUUGCCCUCGACAUGGAGAAGCCCUGGAUACACCAUCUGAGCGCCCUUACAAACCAGAUGUACGUGUCGGUGGGAUACCACGAGGUGUUUCGGGACCAAUGCAUCGAUUUUGUGGGACAAGUGCAGAAGAACAGCCCCGAGAUGAAGCUACAGUUUGAUCUUCAAGAAACGAUGGCACACGAUUUUAUCUUAAUUGAAGGCGACGAUAAACGAAACGGAGAGUGCAUCGAAGCGUUGAAAAAAUGGACAAGGAGUAUAUUAAUUGCAAAUUCUUGA